AAUCGUGGCAUUGGAUAGCGCCAUGUUUGAUACACCGCAGGUCGAGGACGCUCGAUGAACGAUUCCCUCGAGAUUUUGGAAACGGAAUGUCCAACGGAAUGUCCAACGGAAUGUCCGUUCAAUUUCAAGAUCCCUGACCGCGAGAGGUGAUCAAUUUGUCGCUAAAUGACUAUCGCGUCGAUAGAUUUAGUUUCAGAUAGGUUUCGAGCCGGUUUCUAUUACAAGUGUACGAAUGGAACAUUGCUUGUUAGGGGCCGCGCGUGGAAGAGGAAACUGUUGUGCCUGGUAGCGGUCAAACACGCUCGCAUCGUUCUCCAAGCAAUGCUUCGGCCUUGAAUCCAACGACCAAGUUAGACGUCUCUCGAGCGAUAAAUUCUAUCGUGGAACCGCACUCGAAAUAAACUUUCAGAGAGGUAAACAUUUAUCGAGAGGCAUACACGCGACCGCGAGCUCGAACGGUGAUCGGUGCGAACAACAAUAAACGUCGAAAGAGACUCCAGAGUAUCGAUGCGUGUCGCGUGCAGCGGAGCUGGACAACGAUGUGACAACUUUGGGAUUACUAUCGUAAACAUUCCUAAUUGUCAGUGUAAUCAGUGGCAAUUUGUAAUCCGCAAUUAUGUACCAGACCAAUUUGUAAUCUUCAAGAUUUGCUCGACGAUUUCGUAAUCCUUAACCCCUUCGCACUUGGUCGCACAUUGUAGCGUACAUCAACUUUAACAUUGUUUUCCAUUUGCGAAAUAAUUAGUUUCUUGAAAUAGCGAACCUCGCGUGCCUCGAUGCCUAUCUAAACAUGUACAAGGACAGAAUUUGUUUUUUCUACAACCCUGGAAAAUUUAAAUGCUGUUCACCGAUACCGUAAGAAACCGUAAAUCGUGUUUAUUUAAUUGUACUCGUUCAAAUACUUGUGAUGUAUUUAUGUAUAAUUGUAAUUGUACGCGCGCGUCACGGUCAUCUACAGUCAGUGUAACAAGUAUUCGUACAGGAACCACUUAUUUGAAAUUGGUUGCUGUACGAAUAGUUCUCGCACUGACUGUAUAUUUCCGUUCGAGAGAAAAAGCGCAGACUGCAAGAGGUUAAUCUUGAUUCCCGACUGGUCACGCUGAUUACUCCGAAAUAAUUAAUCAUAAUUACCGAUAGAACGAAAGUCGCGAUCGUGGAUUAUGGCGCGCAUCUGCCAGAGUUUCCAGCGAGAGAGGGAGCGACGAUGGAAAUGCGAAACGAACGCUAAUACAUCGAAAGAUUUGGAAUUUUCCUGCGCAACCGGGUGGUUGAGAACGUAGGUGAAAAAGACGGCGAGGAGAGGCAUGUUCGCGGCGCGUGUUUCCACCGACCGCGACGAUAUCAGCGCGAUUCGUCUCUGUCCAAUCCGCGGCAUCCCCCCGCUCAUGGAGCAAAGUUCGGACUGUACCAAGAAACGGCGAGCAAGUAAACUAUCCCGAACGAAGAAUCUUCAGUCUUCGCGGAUGAGUUGCUUAGAACGUAUGCGGAAAACGGUCGAUCGAAAGGACGGUGAUCCGGUAUCGAACGCGUCGAAAUUGUAAACACUGUCUGCUGGACGAGGGAAAGAGAACAUUUCGAAUACCAAACAAAGGAUAGACAACCUACGUACUCGUUGUCUGCUCGAUGAAAGUUACCAAUGAAAAUUAUACGAUCGAAAUAACGCUUUAAAGAGUUUAAAGUUGUUCUCUAUGGUUUCGAUUAAACCCUGACUAUUUUUGAGAGUAGCAAACGUUCCCUCGAGGAUCGACAGGACACGUGUCAAAAUGUGGAUGAACAAGACGAGCUCAUCGAUCGUGGAAAGUAAUUCGUGAUAGAGAAAGGUCAGCGACGAAGCGACAAAAGUAAUCGAUGCAUCGCUCGAUGGGUGUUCCGCGUUCUUUUGGUUUCCUCGGCGGCGACCGCAAGUAAGCGUCAGUGAGACCAGAGGGAAAAUCCAACAGGGCGCCGGACAGCGCAGGACCCGUUGGAUGAACGAAGCCGAUCGGAACGAUGCGUCUCGUAGAUCAGCUGCUGUUUAUGACCCUUCUCUCGAUGGGUAACGGGAUCGAGGCUGGGUGGCCCAAGGUCGGGAACCCGUUGUCUUCCGCUUGGUGGAGUUUUUACUCGCGAUCCACGGACUCCACGUCCACGUCCUCCAUUUCGUCGCUCGAGGCGGAGGACUGCACCGAGUGCGCCCACAACAAAGUCGGUUUCGCCGCCAACGAUCCGAUUUUGAACGAGCUGAGGGUCGAGUACGUCAAGCAACAGAUUCUCAAGAAACUGCGACUGUCCAGGCCUCCGGCGAUAUCGAUGCCACUCUCGACCUUGCCGAAGCCACUGAUAAACGGUCGUGUGCUGGAACUCCGACCCGGGGCACCCCUCGAACCGGAAAAAUCGGCCGACAGCUUUUACGGAAAGACCGAUCAGAUCGUCGUUUUUCCAAACGAAGGUGUUGCCGAUUCGAAGAAGUGUCAACAGAGCACGAACCAUUUGACGGGGUUCAAUCCCGCCGCCUGUUUCACGUUUUACCUGCCAAAUGAAAUGCAAUUCGUCGACGUGACCUCGGCGCAGCUUUGGUUUUACAAGGAAUACGACGAGAACGACGACCUGAAUCAAACCUUCGUGCUAUCCGAACUCGAUCACUGGGACCUGGGGGGCAACUUCGAGAAGAACACCGUGGUGGCAAUCUUCGAAACCGAUAUCGGAGAGGGUUGGGUGAAAGCGGACGUAAGCUUCAUGCUGAAAAAGUGGGUGGAAGAGCUUCGACUGAGCCGCGCGAUACAGAUCGCUUGCAGCACCUGCACGAUGAACCGCGAGGCCGCGCCAGUUUCCGUCGAGCAGACACUGAAACCUUUCCUCGUGAUACACACGUCGCCCUUGCCGCAGAGAAACAGGCCGAAGAGGAACACGAACUGCUUGCCAGAAAUGAAAGAGUGCUGCAGGGACGAGCUCUACAUCAACUUCGAGGACAUCGGUUGGAGCGACUGGAUCCUCCAUCCGAGCGGAUAUCACGCGUACUUUUGCCGCGGAUCAUGCUCCUCCGCGGCCUCGAUCACCGUCAACAGCUCACCCUACAGUAACGUAAUCAGAAGGUUAUUCGCCAAGUCUAGUAACACGGUGCCCCGUCGAAACGAGAUCGUUCCAUGCUGCUCGCCCACGCAGCUAUCUCCCAUUCAGCUGCUCUACGUCGACACGAACAACACGAUCACGCAAAAAACUCUGCCCAACAUGGUGGUCGAAGCCUGCGGUUGUAUGUGAUUCGCGCAACGAACCCGAGCCGAAUUUCGUGCCUGUAUCGUACCUGGCUACGAACGUGCUCGUCGCGAUUGAGAAAAACCGUCGACGCUCUGUUCCACGAUGUUCGAACGGUUCGACGCUUUUCGGCGCGUCCAUAGACUUACAUUUCCCUGUGAAUCGAAAUAACGUUCGAAUCGCCAUGCAAAACGAAAUUUGGAAGUUGCGCAGCAACGAUCAGCGAAAGGAUUGCGUGACACCGUUUGCACGCGUGGCCGUGCGAGCGUGCGAAACAGUAUUUCUUUUUUCUAGCUGUACUUGCCGCAUGUAUGUAUAGUACGGACGAAGCCCUUGAGCUGGCUUUCGGAUAUUUAAUCGAUCGUUACGAGAAUUUAUUUAUUGUUAAGCCGCAUUCGUUGCGAACGAAUUGUCGAAUCGACGAACAGAUCAGGAUUGAGAGGACGUUCCGUCUAUUAGGUUGGAUCUGUAACGGAGGAGAUCGGUGGAACCGAUUUUUCACGAGACGUCAUCCUUUCAGCCAGCGAUUUCGGGCGGCGGGGAUGAUCCGCGCGUCUCUUAGACAGGGAUUGCU